UGGCAAGUAUAAGCGAUGAUGAUGAUGAUGAUGAUAGCGAGAAGGAUAACAGUGGGUAGCAAUGGGUGGUGAUGACCGUACUUUGCAGUGAAUGGUAAUGAUGGUGGUGGUGAUGAUGAUGACAGAGAUGGGUGGUGAGUGUUGAGGUGAUGAUUUAUCCAGUAGUGAAAGGUAAUGACUGUCGGUGGUGGCGGUGGUGACUCGAUCGGUAACUGGUGAUGCUGUAGUGAUGACGCAGCGUCCCUUCCCCCCCUCAGGACGCUGUACCGCACGGUGUACCGGGACCAGCAGGAGGAGAGGACCCAUACCCUGACUGCCUGCUGCCCCGGCUGGUCGAGGAGCGGCGGGAACGACAGCGAUGUGGGAGGAGCAGAGCAGCGACAGCCGGAGCAUCAGGAGGAACAUGGAGGCGAAGGAGGGACUGACGGCUGCCAAUACAGGAGUCCAGACCUCCCUGAAGACGGUGGGCGGGAUAUUAUUCACGAGGGGAAGAUGUUUCGCCUGGUCCAUCCCGCCCAGGGGAGGCAAAACGCGUCUGUUGCCCUUCACCGGCUGGCUGGCGCGCCAAACGGUCCAAGUAAGGCGGGAACCCAACGAGACGCGACUACUAGCACUCACGCCUUCAAGGAGCCCCGCGGCGCCCACCCGGGGAAGGAGACGGAGCUGGCGGGAGGCCUCGUGUCGCCUGUUUUCCUUGAUCACUUCCCGGCGACGAGGGACGCGAACAAGGUAUCCACUGCGGCCACGCAGACAACGACGAGACUCAGGCACCAUCGCGGCCCCCAGCGACACAGCAGGCGGCACAGCAGGAGGCACUAUCGCGACGGUGCCAGGAGGUCGAGCGAGAGACACCGCCACCACCAUCACCACCCCCGCCGCUACAAGGGCCGCUCGCUCACCAGCCGAGACGAGGGCGUGCACGUGGAGACCGUCUAUGAGAAUGGCAGCAACAGCAACCGGUACCGCUACAGCAACAGCGGCGACAAUGGGACGGAGUACGACGCCUACAGCUACACCAUCAUCCUGGUGAACGGAGAGAGCAGCGAGCAAAAAGCUGCGGCUGGACCGGAUCAGCAGCCUGGGGAGGCGGUGACGCAGGUGCCGCGCCCCGAGGAGGCUGAGGAGGACGCCUCUCGCGGCAGAUCCUACGGUAAGUGUCCAGGAGGUCAGGCUUGGGUUUGGCCGUGCCUAAAGGAUAAUUCGGCGUUAGCGUAAGCGCUGUGUGGUAUGCAGGAAGAGUAGAUUCCGGCUUGGCCAUGUCUGUUACUGCUAAUGUGUGCCUUGUGCGGGUGUCUCUCAUCCCUCCGGUCAAGUCAACACGUGCGGGUGUGGCUCCUUGACCCGUUGCAGUGAACACGCUUAGGGCAGCAAAAACUACUUAGGGUAGCCAAGACUACGUAGAGACCUAAUGGUUAUAAAAUCCAGACGCAACGAUCACUCCAAACAUAUCUAAUCCAAAUAUUAUUUAUAAGUUGGUGUAAACGCUGACUGACGCUUGAAAACAUCACUUGUAUGCAACACGAUAUCCUUUCAAGCGAUUUUAUUGCAGAUAAAAAGCUGACAAAAGAGAAUCUCGGUGCACAGAAGAGUUAUGUGUCAUGCGUCAGUCAUACUUUAAACAUAAAAUGGUAAAAAUCACAAGAUCUAGCCACUGUAUUCCUUCCCUCAGUUCUCGAUCGCUGCGUAUAAAUAGCU